GCAUAAAUUUUACAAAUUCCUAGAAUUGCUGUUUAAUAAAACUUAAACACAGUUUAAUGUAGUUACAAUUUCCUUAUACAUACAGAAGUAAAAUGACUCAAGUUUGAUGGUAUAUAUUUUUAGAAGGAGACAGACUUGUGAAAUGAUAACCUGGUAGGAUCAUCAGACUCACAAUGAAAGAGAAAAUCGCUUAUUGCUAGGCCACGAGAAGAUUGUGAAGCGAUGUCGUCUUAGUCGUGAUGUGACUGAACUUUAACCUAAAAUUGGGACAGAAAAAAGUGUAAUAAAAGAAAAUAUACCAUUUGCUCUAUCACGACUUUGACGAAAGAUGUUUAGUGACCUUAGGCAUAAAAGAGUACAGUAUGAUUAGCUCCUUUAUUUUUAUUUCAAGAUAUGAUUGAACUUUAACCCCUUCAUUGGUCUCACGAUUGCUACAAUUUGAGCUUCACUGCGAUAACACUCAAAAUCGACCAUGGUCAUAUGUUUGCGGCUUUGUGCUCAAACAAAACUGAUCGCAGAAACGAAUAAAUUCUUGCGACAUCUACAAAACGUGCCUAUUAUACCAUGUAGGCGAAAUGUACGCGCUAUCAGCACUUCUGUUUUUCGAGGCGCUCGCAAGUUCUCCGACAGACACGAGUGGAUUGCUGUGGAGGGGAACGUUGGCACAGUUGGUAUCUCCCACCAUGCGCAAGACUCGUUGGGGGACGUGGUGUUUGCCCAGCUGCCGGAACCCGGGACUGCAGUCGAGCAGAAAGACGAGUGCGGGGCCUUGGAGAGCGUGAAGGCGGCCAGCGAGCUGUACUCGCCCGUGUCGGGCAGGAUCGUGGGCAAGAACUCGUCCGUGGAGGAGACGCCGGCCCUCAUCAACCAGUCGUGCUACGAGAAAGGGUGGUUGUUCAAGAUAGAACUCAGCAAGCCGAACGAGUUGAGUGCGCUGAUGACGGAAGAGGAAUACGAAGCGUUUCUCAAAACUGAUAGUCACUGACGUGCAGUAGUCUCGCCUCUGACUUGCGAAAGAAUCUCCCGUGUUCAUGGCAUACCUCUUUGCAUGCAGCUUGUUCAAGUUUAUCAUGUUCGUUAGUACCGAGUCAGUGGACAUGUCACAUGUAUACCAGUCAUAAAUAUGUUUGUUUUCCA